GUCAACGAAAGUGAAACGAAAGGCCAAAAAUGAUAAAACCAGGUGACAAGUCAUUCAACUAAUCAGUUGACAAAGUUUCUUUAUGGCACGAGCACCUUCCCGCGUACAGAAUAUUCGAAAAUGAAGCUCAGUCUUCUGUUUGCCCUGCUGAUGUUGAGCUUCGUGACCGUUUCGUCUAUCCAGCCCGUCUUCCGGAAUGCCCCAAAUUCUCAUGGCAUUCGUGUCCGACGAUAUGAUCCCAUGAUCGACAUGAAGUCCGAAGAGUUUCUCUUGAAGUACUUUAAGUACAAAUGGAUUGCAAAGUGCUAUAAGAAAGGCCAAUGUCAUAACGAUCACGGAUAUGAAAGACAAAGUUACGGCUAUUCCCAAAGUUCAUACGGUGGACAUGGAGGCUAUUCUGAAAGUUCCUAUGGAGGGGAAAAAUCGAAAGGAAAAGGUAAAGGCAAAGGAGGAGGUGGUAGCUACGGAGGAGGUGGUAGCUACGGAGGAGGCGGCGGAGGUGGUAGCUACGGAGGUGGACAUGGAAGCGAUGGCUACGGAAUGGAAUCAAAAGGCAAAGGAGACGACGGAGGUGAUGGUUACGGAGGAGGCGGAGGUGGUAGCUACGGAGGGCAAUCGAAAGGUAAAGGCAAAGGAAAGGGCGGCGGAGGUGACAGCUAUGGGGGAGGCGGGGGUGACAGUUACGGAGGAGGCGGAGGUGAUAGCUACGGAGGUACAUCCAAAGGCAAAGGCCAAAGUUAUGGUGGCGGAGGAAGCUAUGGCGGCGGAGGUCACAGCGGGAAAUCAAAAGGCAAAGGUAAAGGCGGAGGCUAUGGCGGAGGCUAUGGUGGAGGCUACGGAGGAGGCUAUGGUGGUAGAUCAGGUGGGUCCGGUGGAUCGGGCGGAUCAAGUCGUGAGGGAGGUGGAUCGGGCGAAUCCAACAGCAGCGGUGGCAAUGGUGGUUCGGAUGGAUACAGUAACAGCGGCGGAUCGGGAAAAGGCGGAGGAUCCAAUGGAUCUGGUAAAAGUGGCGGAUCCAGCAAAGGGGGUGAUUCAGGGGGAUCAGGCAAAGGAGGUGAUUCAGGGGGAUCAGGCAAAGGAGGUGAUUCAGGAGGAUCAGGCAAAGGUGGCGACUCGGGUGGCUCCGGCAAAGGGGAUGGAUCAGGAGGAUCUGGAAGUAAACAAAGAUAAAUCGCAAGCUGUCAUUGAGGAUAAACACAUUUCAAUCUCAAUUACUAUGUAUCAAUUAUACUCUCCUGUCUUUCCCCUUUUUGUUGUUACUUUUAGUGAGGGUUUCGCAUCCAUGCUGAAACGAUUAGAAUUCUAUCUGCGUUCUCGCAUGCAUUCAUGAAUAUUUUAAGCAAAUCACUUGUACUAUAUUUUAUGUUAUAAUAAGAGAACGUUUAUCAAAUACAAAAUAUUACGAUUUA